GGGGGGGGGGGUUGCUGGGGGCUUAGUUUCCUGACACGUAUGUAGUGGUUACACGUGGCACCGCCUUCUUCCUCCAAAUAGAAUCUUCAAUAACAAACUCUCGUCACUCUUCACAAGGGACGCUCCAGAAACAAAGAUCUUGGGAAAAGGUAUCACAAGCCCCUUCUGAUCCUUGCAAGUCAAGAGGUGCUACACAGAAAUAGCACGUCAAUUUUUCCUUGGUUUAUAGAUAUUUAGAUAAACAUGGCACAAGCAUCAAAAGGCCCAAAAUCUACAAGUUACGAUGCUUACUUUGAGAAUGUCCAAAGCAGAAAAAUGUUACCUCAAUCGUUGCAGGAGACUCUAACGGCUGCAUUUGCAAGAAUUCCAGUUUCAUCUUUUCCAGAAGUUCCUGGCGGCAAAGUGAUUGAGAUCCCAGCAGACACAUCUAUUGGAGAUGCUGUGAGAGUUUUAUCAGAAAGCAACAUCAUGUCAGCUCCUGUGAGAAACCCUGAUAUUGAAUAUACAACAGAUUGGAGAGAAAGAUACUUGGGAAUCAUAGAUUACGCCGCCAUUGUGCUUUGGGUGCUAGAGACAGCAGGAGUUGCAGCAGCUGCCUUAUCAACUGGUUCUGCAGCUGCUGCCGGGGUAGGUGCUGGUGCUGCAGGCACACUUGGAGCAAUAGCACUAGGUGCAACUGGUCCUGCUGCAAUUGCAGGCCUAACUGUUGCUGCUGUUGGAGCAGCUGUUGCAGGUGGUCUGAGGGCAGAGAAAGGAAUGGCAAAAGAUGCUCCCACUGCAGCUGAUAAGUUGGGCGAGGAUUUCUACAAAGUUAUCCUUCAAGAAGAACCAUUCAAGUCAACCACAGUGAAAUCCAUCCUGAAAUCUUAUCGUUGGGCACCUUUCAUUCCUGUUGCAACAGAUAGUUCAAUGUUGAGUGUCUUGUUGCUUCUCUCAAAGUACAGGCUGAGAAACGUACCUGUUAUUGAAACAGGAAAUUCAUCCAUCAGAAACUUCAUAACUCAAUCUGCUGUAAUCCAUGGUCUAGAGAGAUGCAAGGGAAGGGAUUGGUUUGACUGCAUAUCCGCAAAUCCAAUAUCUAAGUUGGGACUUCCUUUCAUGACACCAGAUGAGGUUGUUAGCGUCCAAAGUGAUGAACUGAUUCUAGAAGCAUUUAAAAAGAUGAAAGAUAACCAAAUUGGUGGACUUCCAGUUGUUGAGGGACCAAAAAAGCAGAUCGUUGGCAGUGUGAGCAUAAGAGACAUCAGAUUCUUGUUGCUUAAGCCUGAACUUUUCUCCAGUUUCAGGGUGCUCACUGUGAAGGAUUUCAUGAACACCAUUGCUUCAGCAAUCCCUCAUACAGGCAAGGUCAUCAGGCCGUUAACAUGCAAGCCUGAUGAAACUCUUGGCAGUGUGAUACAUGCGCUUGCUUCCAACUCAGUCCACAGGAUCUACGUGGUAGGUGACGACAAUGGAGUCACUGGUGUAAUCACACUGAGAGAUGUGAUCUCUUGCUUUAUCUUUGAACCGCCAAACUUCUUCGAUAACUACUUCGGAUUUGCGGCACAAGAAAUGUUGGGCUGUUGAUGUCUUUGCGAGCGAAAUAUGUAACAUUUGUUUGAGUAGACGGUCUUUUAACAGUUCUGUUAAAAAUCAGGUCCCAUCUCUAUAAUAUUACAUGCUAUUGUCGUCAUAUCACUCCUCUAUGGUACUGGAGGGUGAAAUUUUUCCAGUUGCCUUUUGCUCAUUAUAUCCCUGAUUCUUUCCACAUCCUUCCACUUUGCUAGUCCAGCGUAUAUGUUGGAUAGAAUAACGAAGGGAAAAGAAUUAUCUGGCUCUAAAGUUGAAAGCUUUCUAGCAAUCUCUUCGCCCAGCUCAAAAUCUGCAUGCUGUUCACAAGCUCCAAUCAAGGACCAAAGCGCAGCGUAGACAGAGCUGAACAAGCAGUUAAUAAGCUUGUGACGGAUUUCAAACUGGGGAAAAUAUUCUCGGAGAGCAUUUUCCUGAAAAAGAGGAAAGCUUCAGCUUCUUGUCCCAGCUGCGAAAACCCACUGAUCAUCGAAUUCCAUGUUGCUGAAUCUGGCAUCAACUGGUUAUCUUUACAAAAAGCUCAAUUGUAAGCUCACUUUGAUCAUUCAACACCAUUGCUGCAAUCAUUGAAUUCCACGAUUUUAAGCUCCUACCGGGUAUUCUAUUGCUCAGUCUAGCUUUUAUGAAAGCUUUAUUAAUCUAUUGGAACUGCA